AGGGCCUGGUAACUAGGAGAAAAACUCUUGGGGAGAAGGAGAAGGAGGAGAAGGAGGAGGGGGGAACGACAACGGGUAGCUGGGGCAGGAGGUCAGGAUUGUUUUCAGGACCCAAUUAUGAGUGAUCAAAUCAAAUCAAUUGUUGAGAAGCUCAAUAAGGAGCCUUUUAAGAAGAACUAUAACUUAAUCACAUUUGACUCAUUGGAGUCAAUGCAGCUAUUGCAGCUUCUCAAUGAUGUUCUGGGGGAGAUUGACCCAAAGCAUGUUGUUGACAUUAGAGAGGAGAUGCCAGAGCAAACGGCUAAACGAAUGUUGAGCCUUCUUGGUAUCCUUAAAUACAAACCUCCAGGAAGUAUUACUGACCUGAGUACAUUCCGCCAGGGUUUAGUUAUUGGAAGCAAACCUGUGAUUCAUCCCGUCUUACACUGGCUCCUUCAACGGACUAAUGAACUCAAGAAAAGAGCCUAUCUGGCACGUUUCUUAAUUAAACUUGAAGUACCAACUGAGUUUCUUCAGGAUGAUACCGUGGCUGACACCAACAAACAGUAUGAAGAUCUGAUGGAAGCCUUUAAAAACCUGCAUAAGGAAUGUGAGCAGCUCAAGACUUCUGGCUUCUCCACUGCAGAAAUAAGACGGGAUAUCACUGCAAUGGAAGAGGAGAAGGAUCAGCUCAUCAAGAGAGUGGAGCGUCUUAAGAAGAGGGUGGAGACGGUGCAAAACCAUCAACGAAUGCUUGAAAUAGCAAGACAGCUUCGAGUAGAGAAAGAGAGAGAAGAAUCUUUAGCCCAGCAGAAGCAAGAACAAAAGAAUCAGCUGUUCCACGCAGAGCAGAGGCUGCAAAGAGUGCAGCUCCAGCUGAAAGAUAUGCAACAUGCAGUCGUGGAUUCAAAGCCUGAAAGCUUAAUGAAGAGACUGGAAGAGGAGAUAAAGUUCAAUUCAUAUCUGUGCUCUGAAAAAUUUCCUAGAGAACUAGAAAGUAAGAAGCAAUCAUUGUAUUUCCUACAAAAAGUGGUUUCAGAGCCAGCUAUGGGUCAGUCUGAUCUCAAUGAACUUGAAACUAAGAUAAAUGAAGUCAAUGCUCAAAUUAAUCAAUUGAUUGAAAAGAGAAUGAUGAAAUAUGAGCCAAUUGAUAGUAAAUUUUCCAUGUAUCGACAACAGGCAUCCAUAAUUUCUCGGAAGAAAGAAGCCAAGGCAGAAGAGCUUCAGGCUGCCAAGGAGGAGAUGUCAAACAUGGAGAGGCAAAUGUUACAGAAAGCAAACCAGGCCCGUGAGUUGGAUGGCACAGAAGUUUUGAAAGGUGAUGAGUUUAAACGAUAUGUUAAUAAACUUCGAAGCAAGAACACAUUUUAUAAAAAGAAGCGUCAAGAAAUAGCAGAAAUUACAGCCGAGUACGGUAUCCUACAGAGAACAGAAGAACUCCUAAAACAACGUCAUGAGGCUAUUCAGCAACAGUUGCAAGCUAUUGAGGACAAGAAGGGUAUCUCUGGAUACAGUUACACACAGGAGGAGUUGGAGAGAGUAUCUGCAGCAAAGAGCGAGGUGGAUGAAAUGAAGGGCCGAACAUUAGAUAACAUGUCUGAAAUGGUGAAAAAGCUGAAUGCUAUGGUGGCAGAUAAGAAGUCAAGCUUAGCUCCAAUUAUCAAAGAAUUGAGACAGUUGCGGCAGAACUGCCAGGAAUUAACCCAAGAAUGUGAUGAAAAAAAAGUCCAGUAUGACAGCUGUGCAGCAGGUUUAGAAAGUAAUCGCUCCACACUUGAACAGGAAGUAAAAGGGCUGCGUGAGGAGUGUAUUCAGGAAGAAAGCUGCUAUCAUCAUACUAACUGCAUGAAAAAGAAUCUAGAAAUACAACUUCAACGUGCUAAAGAUGAGAUGAAGACAUAUGUUUCCCCAGAUCCACAAGACAGAAGAAAAGCAAUUAGAGAACAAUAUACACGAAUGAUCCUUGAACAAGAAAACCUUGGGAAGAAACUACGAGAGAAACAAAAAGCAGUGCGGGAAAGUCAUGGACCAAAUAUGAAGCAAGCUAAAAUGUGGCGGGAUUUUGAGCAACUGAUGGAGUGCAAGAGAGAGUGUUUUCUAAAGCAACAAAAUCAAACUUCUGUUGGUCAAGUCAUUCAGGAAGGUGGCGAGGAUAGGCUGGUAUUAUGAAUUUGUUUAGAAUUACUGUUUCUUACCUCGUCAUUUCCUCAGAUCAUUCAAUUGAAUAUUGCUUUGUUUUCUCACUGUUUCUACAUAGGUUACUUUUAAAUUAUUUAUUUUCAGUGGGUAAUAUAAGGUUGAAAUUAACUCCCAUGCACAGAGCCGUCUACAUUAUUUAAGUGCCAAGUUAACAGCUUAAGUCAUACGGAGGGUCUUCUGUGAGCCUUCUGCACUGAGGUGAAUUUCACUGUAAAGACUAUGGAUCUUCCCAAAGAAACCAAGGGGAAGGAAUCCUUUCCCAAGGCCAUAGAAAGCUGGUAGAGCUGCUCUUCAGCUGCUACUGUAGCCCUAACACUACAUUUCUCAGGGGGAAGGAUAGGAAGUUCUGGUCCACCCAUUUCCUUCAGUGUUACUUUGGGUAUAGCAAGUAUUUUAGCCUUCUCUGAUAUUUAACUAUACAUCCACUUGCUGCUUUUUGUGUGAACCCCUUCCCUAAUCUGUAUUGGCAUUAAAUAUAUUUAACAGAAAUAGAAGAAAAAUAAAAUCUGGUGUCUAUAG